AUGUCCAGCCAUCUCUACGCUUUACGCUCUUGGGAAGCUAAGCAGCUUUGCAAUUCCCGACUCAACUGGCUCCUCAUGGGACACCAGUGGAAGGCCAUCAUCCUGGAUGGAUCCUACUGCGGCUUGGUAGUCAUAUCUAUGAAGCAAUCGAUUUGCAAACCGAUGUUCUUCUGUUUGUUAUCAGGCAAUUCUAGAGCGUCUGGAUUCACACCCACUCACAGUCAAGUCGACAAUGGGCCUAGAACCAGGAACUUCAUUCAGUUGAUCGGCAAAAACGAUCCAUCUUACCAAUCAGAGGGAGGCGCAGAUUUCGGAGAACAUGGCCAUCAUCCCGCAUUUCAGCGGACUAAUUAUCAUGACCCUCAGCCGAAUCUCGAUGCAAAGCCAUCUUCCACUCCGGUGUUCAAAGACUUGGCCAAAUGGGAACUUUCGGAAAGUGCGAAAGACAAACAGUCGGUGGAUAGUCCAGCAAGCAUCGAUAUCGAGGAAGUUGCGUCCAGUCUGUCCUCGCGAUUUCGUACCGGUACUUCUGAAGGAAAUGCUUCGCAUCAUCCAAUGCAGAAAAAACAAAAAAGUGGGUAUGCCCCUCAGUUCUCGGGGGCAAAUUUUGUUUCUGUUUGGGUAUCACCCAAGGUGGUUCAAAGUAAAAACCCAAAUAUUUAG